AUGAAGUUUCAAUUGGCCAUCAACAUGGAGCGGCUCGUGCCCGACCUCGACAUGACCGACGUCGAGCGCCAUACGCUGGAGAUGGUGCAGAUGGCCGACGAGGGCGGGUUCGCGAUCGCAUGGGCCGCCGAGCACCAUGCGCUGGAGAUGACCAUCGCGCCCAAUCCGUUCCAGAUCCUGACCUGGUGGGCGGCGCACACCUCGCGCAUCCGGCUCGGCUCGGCGGUGGUCGUGGCGGCGUACUGGCAUCCGAUCAAGGCUGCGGGCGAGGCUGCGCUGCUGGAUCUCUACAGCGGCGGGCGGCUCGAGUUCGGCAUCGGCUCCGGCGCCUACCAGCGCGAGUUCGACCGCAUGCACUCGGGCCUGCAACGCAAUGACGCGUUUCACUACAUGUUCGAGAUGCUGCCGGCGGUGAAGGCGCUCUGGCAGGGCGACUACGCGCACGAGGGCGAGUUCUGGUCAUUUCCUGCCGCGACCUCCGUGCCGAAGCCGCUGCAAAAGCCCCAUCCGCCCAUCUGGAUCGCCGCGCGCUCGCCGGACACCUACGACUUCGCGGUGAAGCACGAGUGCAACAUCCUCUCGUGGCCUCUCACCCGCCCGGUGUCGGAGGUCGAGGCCUACAGGGAGCGUAUGGAGACCGCGCUCGCCGACAACCCCGGCAAGCCCCGGCCCAUCUUCGCCACCAUGCGCCACACGGUGGUGUACGAUCGCAAGGAAGAGUGGGAGGUGCCGGUGAAGGCCGCGAUGCGCCAGUUCGGCCAGUUCGAGAACCUGUUCAAGAACCUCGGCGACGUCGCCAACGGCUUUCCCCGCACGAUCGAGCUUUCGGAGCUGGAGAACCGGGACGAGUACGACCCGCAGAUGCUCCAGCGCAACCUCAUGUUCGGCACGCCUGACGAGGUGAUCGAAAGCUCAGGGCCUACGAGGCGCUGGGCGUCGACCAGUUCACGUACUACGCGAGCCUCGGCCUCGGGAUGA